UCAAGCCCUCCUGCUAUAGGUGAGGACACCAAGGACUCGAGGACUCACAGCCACCCCCGCUCCAUGCGAGCCCUGUGGGGGUGGAGUGCCUGCUCGUCGCGAUGGAGGCCGCAACUGAGUUCGUGGUCGAGAGCCCCGACGUGGUCUACAGCCCCGAGGCCAUCGAGGCGCAGUAUGAGUACCGGACGACGUGCGUCAGCCGCGAGGGCGGCGUCCUCAAGGUGCACCCCACGUCCACGCGCUUCACCUUCCGGACCGCCCGGCAGGUGCCCCGACUCGGGGUCAUGCUCGUCGGCUGGGGCGGGAACAACGGCUCCACGCUGACCGCUGCCGUGCUGGCCAACCGACUGCGCCUGUCCUGGCCCACGCGCACCGGCCGCAAGGAGGCCAACUACUACGGCUCGCUGACGCAGGCGGGCACUGUUAGCCUGGGUCUGGACGCCGAGGGCCAGGAGGUGUUCGUGCCCUUCAAGUCGCUGCUGCCCAUGGUGGCACCCGACGACCUCGUGUUCGACGGCUGGGACAUAUCGUCGCUGAACCUGGCGGAGGCGAUGCGGCGCGCGCAGGUACUGGAUUGGGGGCUGCAGGAGCAACUGUGGCCGCACAUGGAGGCCCUGCGCCCGCGGCCCUCCGUCUACAUCCCCGAGUUCAUCGCAGCUAACCAGAGUGCGCGCGCCGACAACGUAAUCCCGGGCACGCGCGCGCAGCAGCUGGAGCAGAUCCGUAGGGACAUCCGCGACUUCCGGUCCAGCGCCGGGCUGGACAAAGUCAUCGUGCUGUGGACAGCGAACACGGAGCGCUUCUGCGAAGUGGUCCCGGGCCUCAAUGACACCGCUGAGAACCUGCUGCGUACCAUCCAGCUGGGCCUGGAAGUGUCGCCCUCCACCCUCUUUGCCGUGGCCAGCAUCUUGGAGGGCUGCGCCUUCCUCAAUGGGUCCCCACAGAACACGCUGGUGCCUGGUGCCCUCGAGCUUGCAUGGCAGCGCCGUGUCUUUGUGGGUGGAGACGACUUCAAGUCGGGGCAGACCAAGGUCAAGUCCGUGCUCGUGGACUUCCUUAUUGGCUCUGGCCUCAAGACCAUGUCCAUCGUGAGCUACAACCACCUGGGCAACAACGACGGGCAGAACCUGUCGGCGCCGCCACAGUUCCGUUCCAAGGAGGUGUCGAAGAGCAGCGUGGUGGACGACAUGGUGCACAGCAACCCAGUGCUCUACUCGCCGGGCGAAGAGCCCGACCACUGCGUGGUCAUCAAGUACGUUCCAUACGUGGGCGACAGCAAGCGUGCCCUGGAUGAGUACACAUCGGAGCUGAUGCUGGGCGGUACCAACACGCUGGUGCUGCACAACACGUGCGAGGACUCGCUCCUGGCCACGCCCAUCAUGCUGGACCUGGCCCUGCUGACUGAACUGUGCCAGCGUGUGAGCUUCUGCACCGACAUCGACCCGGAGCCGCAGAGCUUCCACCCGGUGCUGUCGCUGCUUGGCUUCCUCUUCAAGGCGCCGCUUGCGCCACCGGGCAGCCCAGUGGUCAACGCCCUCUUCCGCCAGCGCAGCUGCAUCGAGAAUAUCCUCAGGGCCUGCGUGGGGCUCCCGCCGCAGAACCACAUGCUUCUGGAGCACAAGAUGGAGCGCCCUGGCCUCAAGCAAGUUGGGCAUGUGGCCACCGCCUGCCCUGUGCCUUGCAAGAAAGGAUCAGCACCAACUGCCCCCAAUGGCUGUACUGGUGACACCUAUGGGCACUCACAGGCUGAGGCACCCCAGAUGCCCACCACCUAAGGCCAUGGCCAUACAGCUCCCCUGUAACUCCUGCCCCCAUUGCUCCUCAGCACCCGACCCUUCCAGGCCCCCUUAAGACAA